AUGGAAUACGUCAGACUCGGAAAUACUGGCCUCAAGAUCUCCAAGAUCAUCCUGGGGUGCAUGACCUUUGGUUCGUCCAAGUGGGAAGGCUCACCAUGGGUUCUCGACGAGGAAGAGGGGCUGCAACUGCUCAAGGCCGCGUACGACAACGGCAUCAACACCUGGGACACGGCCGACACGUACUCGAACGGACAGUCUGAGGUCAUCAUCGGCAAAGCGCUCAAGAAAUUCAACAUCCCGCGGCAGAAGGUCGUGAUCCUCUCCAAGAUCUUUAACCCGGUCAUGGACGAUGAGUCCCGGCCCGCCAGUGUCAAUGACGGACCGCUGGUCAACCAGAUGGGUCUGAGCAGAAAGCACGUCUUUCACGCUGUCGACAAGUGCUUGGAGCGGCUCGGGACGGAUUACAUCGAUGUCCUCCAGAUCCACCGCCUUGACCGAGAAACGCCGCCCGAAGAGAUCAUGAGAGCCCUGCACGACGUUGUACAGUCCGGUAAAGUCCGCUAUAUCGGAGCAUCGUCUAUGUACACGUGGGAGUUCUCCCGCCUGCAGUACAUCGCCCGGUCACACGGCUGGACCGAGUUCAUCUCGAUGCAGCCGUUCUACAACUUGCUGUACCGCGAGGAAGAGCGAGAGAUGCUGCCUUUCUGUCGCGCGACUGGAGUCGGAGUGAUUCCGUGGUCGCCCAUUGCGCGCGGCUUGCUCGCAAAGCCCCUCUCCAACGAGGGCGAGGGUACAUCACUGAGAAGCCAGACGGAUAAGAAGACGCAAGCGUGGUUCGCGGACGCCAAUCUUGAUAUCGUCAACCGUGUCGAAGAGAUUGCGAAGAAGAGGGGCGUCAGCAUGGCCCUAGUCUCGACUGCUUGGGUGUUGCAGAAGGGAUGCUGGCCCAUUGUGGGGUUGAGUUCGGAAAGGAGGAUCAAAGAGACAAUAGAAGCACUCAAGCUGAAGUUGACCGAAGAGGAGUGUCAAUACCUGGAAAGCGAAUACAGACCAAGGAACAUUCAAGGGAUGUAG